AUGUCAGUCCUCGGUCACUACCAAGAUGAAUUACUGUUCAUAUGCACAAUGAUUCAGCUGUUUCACUUGGAAAAGAUCGAGACUUCUGGAAAACUGACAACUUUGGAGAUAUUGAACCAGGAACCAACCCAAAAGCUGAUGCGUCAUCACAGUUCAUCGUGUCAAUACGAAACCUGCCCGACAACUACCAUAUCCGAUUUGACCAACACAUGCGGUGAAACGAGAAAACAAGAAAAAUAG